AUGAUAUUCAAAGACCUCGCGCAAUGCGGCGGUUCGACGAAAUCAGUAACAACACCACCUCCUGCUCCCAAGAAAACUCUAUGUCAACGACUAAGUGAACUUAGCGCAGAGGAAGAAAACGAUUCUCCUCCUCCCGCUUUUAAACAGCGAAUAGACAUGAUAUUCAAAGACCUCGCGCAAUGCGGCGGUUCGACGAAAUCAGUAACAACACCACCUCCUGCUCCCAAUAAAACUCUAUGUCAACGACUAAGUGAACUUAGCCUUUGUAGGGGAGCUGCACAAUGGCUCAUUGCACGUGGAGUCAGAACCGGAGAUCGUAACAAGGUAGUUCGAAGAGAUCUCCUAAAAUCCGGAGCACAUGUGCUGAAGAUCUCAGAUAUCCGUGGAGCAGUUAGAAGUCGAACAGCUUAUAUAAAGGAAGCAGGAACCCGACGGAAGACGGAUCUUUCACUUAUCUUUGACUCUCGUUUAUUAUUCUCUUGUAUGCUCAACGAGCUAUCGCAUUACAAUCUGUAA